UAAUACGCGCGCAGAUUUCACACAAAUGUAAACACUCUUGUCACUCCAACUGUUUUUCUCUUUUGCAUUUAAAUUUAAAUUGCAUAUUUAGUUGGCUUCUAACCUCUGCGAGGUAUGAAGCUGUACUUCGUUUUGUUUUCUGCACAGCGUUUUUACGCGUUACUUAUUCCUAAUGACGAUCUUGAUAUCCAAAUGUGCGCAUUUAGCGACAACGCUGACACAGUUUCACUUUGUAUUUCCAAUAAAUGACACUGCUAUUACAGUUUUAAUCACUAUUACAAUUAGCAAUGUUUUGUUUUGCUGCAAUUUUAAUUAUGCAUCUCUUUUGGCAUUGGUUGUACACACUGAAAUGAGCUGAAAUUUGCGUUUGCAACCAACUUUGCGCGAGACAAAAACUGCGCACAGCCAACUUCGCGUACUACAAAAAAUGGUAAACAAAACAUUUGUAAACAAUGAAUGACAGCAGUGAAACGGAAUAUGUGCUUGAUGAACAGCUGUUGUCCAAUAUGAAAUGCAGCGAAGAUGACGAACGAAUGGAGGAAGAAGAUAUGGAUCUUAAAGUUUCCAUCAAUGACCCUGAACUGUUUGCUGAUCCACUGCAGGAAACAAAUUCAGCCUCCGCCAACUUUCCAUGGUUGUUUAAAGAUGAAGAUAUUAUGUUGUUGUGUGAUGAGGUGACGCUGCAACCUGCAAAAAGUCGUGGCAAGCGUGGACGAGCAGCAAGCACAAGUGGCACUUACAUUUCCAGCGAUGGGCAAACCUGGUGUCUGGAGCGUGAAGCACAACCAAACACAGAGGAGCUACCGUUAGCCAAGCAACAAGCGUGUGGCAAAGGACCCGUGAGAUCCGCUACAAAUGCAGUUGAGGCAUGGAUGCUACUGUUUGACGACGAUAUGUUACGCAUGCUGCAACGCAUUGUCAAUGAGCAGAUACGUAAAAGACGCAACCGAAAUGAUGCUCAACGACUCACAGAUCUCACAGAGCUGCGUUCCUGGUUGGGUCUAAAUUAUCUUUGUGGUGUCUUCCGCAAUGCACAGUACAGUGGACCUCUUGAAGAGCUCUGGACGUUGGAACUGGGCAAUGCUAUAUUUAGGGCAACUAUGUCGCUGGCACGCUUUGUCUUCAUAACCGAGAUGCUCAGCAAUCAGCCGGAUGAUGGCCAACGACUGUGGCAAAAGUUUCUCAUCAACAGCCGCUCCUACUACGGUGCCAGCGCUUGGCUCUGUGUGGAUGAAGUGCCUGCCUUAGUUGACACCCGCUUGAUGAUCUGCUGCGAUGCCAAGACACAGUACAUGACCAAUGCGUUGCUUGUGCUGCAACCCACGGCACCCAGUAAAGAGCUAGUGCAGCUUAUCUGUGAUUACAAGACAACGGGACGUAAUAUUACACUUGGAUCAUAUUAUGCCACAGCGCAACAUUGCGACCUGCUGCUGCAGUACAAUUUAAGUAGCAUCUGCAGACUGUCACCAGUUGCUGGUGAAUAUCCAAAAAACUGGACAGAGGGAACGCUGCGAAGCGGCUCCAAGCGAUUGUCACAGCGCUGCGACGUUGCGCUGCUCAGCUGUGGCUUGCCCAGACAACUGGAUGCCUUUCAAAUCGAACAGCACACAUCAACGGUGUGCUCGCAGUUCUAUGAACUUGCCACACGUUAUAGCACAGCGUUUGCGUUACCCAAGCGUCAGGCGGAGGAGCGGCAGCUGCAUCCCUUGCUACAACUGUUGCAUCUGCUGCUCAAUAUUGCUGCUGUGAAUGCUUGGAUCCUGCUGCGUCUGUCGCCAAAGGGGAAUGCGCAUAUCGAACAGCGCGACUUCCAGCGCCAAUUGGGACUCUUUCUCACUCAGCAGCGUUUGCAGCACCGACUGCAUCGUCGCACGAUGUCUACAUCGCUGGUAAUGCGACUACAAAUCUGCGAGAUUCUUGGACAAUCCAAUCAGCGCCUGCUGAGCGAAGCAACUGGCGAUGCAACGCAGCGUCAAGGCGUCGGCGUCAUCAGCUUGACCCGUGCCAUGCUGCCCGAGGAUGUCAAGUUGGUCAGUCGCCAUGGUGAGAAGCAUCGACGUUGCAAGCCGUGUGCGCGGAACAAGCGUGAGACGAAAGCCCGUACACGUUGCCAGCAGUGUCAAGCGCAUCGUUGUGGCAAUCAUCUAAUCUCUCGCUGCUAUGAUUGCAUGGGUUUGCAAGAGUCUCAGCUGCCCGAGAGCAAUAAGAAAGAGCAGUAGUUGAUUAUCGGGUGCUGAAUGACCAACUGAGAGUGGCUGCACAACAUUUAUUUGGAAAGUGGUAAGAGUUUGCUACAACGAAUCCACAGAUGGAUUCAACAACUACAACUACAACGAAAUUGGGCAACAAAAAGCGCCACUUAAAAUUUGUACUGAAACGAUUUGGGCUUAUACUUGUUGGCCACAAUUCCAUUGCUGUUAUGGUUGCUGUGGCUGUUGCUGCUCGCCUUGCCCGUCUCAAAGGGAUCCGAGCUGUCGAGGAACAGACUGAGGAACUGCUCGUUUUGCUCUUCUUUCAAUGGCAUCUCUAGUUCGCUGCACGACUUGACAAUCUCAGCGCAUGCGCGCAAGUCCUUGCGAUCAUCUAAAACAAACAAAAUAUCAAUAAAUAAAUGCAAUUAUUGAAAUAAUUAAAGUUCAUACAUUGAUAGCCAAAGAGUCUGCGUAAGCUAAGAGAGCAAGCCUCGCGUUGAUUGUGCUCUAGGAAUACUUCAAUCAAACGAUGCACUGCAUCCACAUUGUGAUGACCCAGAAAUGAAUCACAUAGUCCAUCUGCCCGGCGAGCCACCAAACUUUGCAGAUCGGGAAAGUUCUCAAAGAGUUCUUCGGCAUACUUUUGAUCACUGAACCAACUGCUAAUGAAGCACUGCUUCCACACACAUCCCACCACAAAGAUGUCGUUGUGCUCCCGGUGUAUGGCGCGUGCCACCUCCGUCAGCGAGAUCAAGACAGCCUCCGACUUCUGAGCCAAAGUCUCCU